ACUCACGUUUAGACUCGCCUAUACAUAUGCAUGGUAAGAAGGAAGACCAACCUGGAGAUUAUUUUUAGGGAUGGUCUCCCCAGGCCAAGCUUCCCAUCAGUUCGUAUCGUCUAGGCUUGGAGGGAGUUAUCGAUAAACAACUCUGUUACCACCCGGAAUUUCACAACCCUCUCUCUAAAAAGCCUCGACAUUCGAGGACUGCCAAGCAACACUUAACUACAGCAUAUAGCUACCAUGCACACGAUGUAGGCGUGCACAUCACAAACACUCUUCUCCAUUCCUUUUCCUGUCGGGCUUCCAAGGCUUCUCAAUUGCGCUGGGUUAAACAGGCUAGGAUUGUUGUUCGUUUGACCCACUUCUCCCUAGCUCAUGGCAUGGCAGCCAUGCGCGCUCCCUAGAUCGCAUCCAAUGCAGUCCCUCGCGGGAAGGGCCAUUGGCCAACCGAGACCGUUCCUGAAUCUAUAUCGCUCGAGACCUCGAUACGCCGUCCCUCGGCGGCUGUACGCGACGACGCAGCUCGACUUGCCUGCUCUCGACCAAAAAUGGCGCCAAAUUCGAAAGCAAAGCGAGACCUCCAAACCUCAGUCCGCUCAGCCUGCGUCCGCCGACGAUUCUAUGUACAUCCUUUCCAUGUUCCCGUAUCCCUCUGGCAAUCUUCAUCUCGGCCAUCUCCGAGUAUACACCAUAGCCGAUGUAAUAGCUCGCUUUCGUAGGCUACAGGGCCGCCGCGUUCUGCUGCCUAUGGGUUGGGACGCCUUUGGGCUACCUGCUGAGAAUGCCGCUAUCGAACGUGGCAUCGACCCCGCCGUCUGGACGCGAGACAACAUCGCCCGCAUGAAGGAGCAGCUCGAAUUGAUGAAUGCGAGCUUCGAUUGGUCCCGGGAAUUCGCAACCUGCGACCCCGACUUCUAUAAACACACACAGAAGAUAUUCCUUCUUCUCUACAAGCAUGGCCUCGUCAGCCGGAGAAGAGCGACUGUCAACUGGGAUCCCGUCGAUAACACCGUACUAGCGAACGAACAGGUCGAUUCGGACGGUCGGUCCUGGCGAUCCGGGGCCAAGGUUGAGCAGCGCGAACUCGAGCAAUGGUUCAUCCAUAUAACCGAGUUCAAGGAGUUUCUCCUGAGAGACCUCGAGAAGCUAGGAGAGGACGAUGCCUGGCCGGAAAGGGUCUUGGCUAUGCAAAAGAAUUGGCUUGGCCGCACAGAGGGUGCUUAUUACCAAUUUCCCAUCCACGGUGCGGAUACCAUCUCGGAGUCGCAGGACCUAAAGAUAUACACCACGAGGCCAGAAACCAUCUUCGCCGUUCAAUUCGUCGCCCUAUCCCCAAACUCGCCUUUCGUGCAGCAAUUGGCUCAGAAGGACCCGGGUCUGCGCGACUUCGUGGACCGCGUGAAGGACCUCCCUCCGGACACUACAGAGGGCUACAGGAUAUCGUAUCUGAGAGCGACCAACCCGUUGCAGUUCAUAAAAAAUGCACCCGGAGCUAGCUUCAAGCCUCUGCCCGUGUAUGUUGCCGCCUACGUCAGGGGAAAUUAUGAGACGGGGGCAAUCAUGGGAGUCCCCGCCCACGACGCGAGAGAUUUUGCAUUUUGGAAAAGACACCACCCGGGCGAGAAGUUCGAAUAUGCCGUCACACCUGAGCCGGAUGGAUCAACGUCCGCCCUGAAGGGCGAGCCUUACUUUGAUGCGGGGUAUUUAACACCGAUUACCGGUCCUUACUGCGCAAAGCCCUCGAGUGCCGCGGUUAAGGACAUCAUUGCCCAGAUCAACACCGACUCGAAUCUCGCGGAGGGCACCACAAAAUGGAAAAUCCGCGACUGGUUGAUUAGUAGGCAGAGAUAUUGGGGAACCCCGAUUCCGAUUGUACAUUGCCGCCACUGCGGGCCCCAGCCCGUACCGGAUAGUCAGCUUCCCGUCACUCUCCCCAAGGUUGACAAUCACUGGGCGAAUGGUCGGGCAGGGAACCCGCUGGAGUCUGCCACGGAUUGGGUCAACACGUCCUGCCCCAAGUGCCACGGUCCUGCUAAGAGGGACGCUGAUACGAUGGACACUUUUGUGGAUUCGAGCUGGUAUUACCUGAGGUUUCCCGAUCCGAACAAUUCAGAGGCACCGAUAUCCAAAGCUGCGGCUACGAGCCACCUUCCCGUCGAUGUUUACGUCGGCGGUGUUGAGCAUGCCAUUCUUCACCUCCUCUACGCUAGGUUUGCGUACAAGGCCAUUAUGGGCACUCUCUGGCCCGAGUUAGAGGCAGACAAGAACAAGGAAGACGACGCCCGCACAUCGCCACCCGGCUUCUCCGGGGAGCCCUUCAAGAGACUCAUCACGCAGGGCAUGGUACACGGUAAGACAUACUCUGACCCGGAUGGCGGCCGCUACUUGAAGCCAGACGAAGUAGACCUUUCCAACGCUUCGCAGCCGAGAGUGAUAGCGUCGGGAAAGACUGCGACGGUGACGUUCGAAAAGAUGUCGAAAUCGAAACAUAACGGCGUAGAUCCGACUGCUUUCAUCUCCAAGUACGGCGCUGACGCCACGAGGGCCCAUAUUCUCUUCCAAGCACCAGUUGGCGAGGUUCUCAAUUGGGAUGAAGACAAGAUCUCGGGCAUCACGCGCUGGCUGCGUCGGGUAUACGACCACGUCCAAAGUGUCGGGGGCCUACGUGAGCCUCUGUCGACGCUAAGCGCAACCUUUAAUGGGGAAGUAUACUUUGAUCGACCUGCGGGAGCACUGCAGGGUAUGAGUGCCCACGAAGCAGCGCGGUGGGCGGCCGAUGUGGAGGUCUGGCGCACCACACAAAAUGCCAUUCUCUCCGUCACCAACGCGCUGGAAAAGGUUUACCCGUUAAAUACGAUGGUCUCGACCUUGAUGAGUCUUACGAACGUGCUCAUCGAAAAUAAGGCGGUUUCGGAUCUGAUCAAGUACGAAACCACGCUACAGCUAGUGCGGAUGAUGGCGCCGAUUGCACCGGCAUUCGCUGAGGAGUGCUGGAGCAUAGUCGGCCCUCAGAAUGACCGGAGCAUCUUCGUCGAAGGCCAACGCGCCUGGCCCGUACCAGACGGGUCGCUGCGGCUGUUAGGGCGGAGCCGCAUCAACUGCGCCGUCCAGGUGAACGGGAAAUUGCGCUGCGUGGUGGAGAUCCCAACCAAGCCGGUGGACAUCGCGGAUGGUAGCCCCGAGUUCCAGGACUGGGUCACCGCGGAGAUCCUCAAGUCCACCGACGCGCAGGCCAAGCUAACAGGUGGCAAUGACAUCCGCAACGCGCGGAAAUUCUUUGUCGCUAGGGGCGGAGCCGUCGUCAACUACGUGAUGCCGAAGAAGUAGAUUAAAAACGUGUGUAUAUGUGUAUAUGUAAGUAAGUGAGUAAAUGGAUACCCAGCUCGGUGCUUUUCGUCGGAUGUAGAAAUGAUAUACCUACUUAGAACGAAGAGGAAUGGGAGUAGCUUGACUAUACCUAACUAGGAUCAAGAUAUACGGGAUGCCGUGAAUUACCUACCUACAUUAAAAUAUUGGU